CAGUAGCAGCCCCCAUGCUGUCCGGAUGACUCUGUGUCUCGGUCAUGUGUAAACUUGAACGUGAGGACAGGAAGUAGCGCGCGCUCCUCCGUUACUGACACAUAGUGCACAACAGGGAAGUAAGCCUCACCUACUUUUUGUUACGGUGUUAAAAGUUGAGCUGCUCGCUGCUCAAAGUUGAUUUCUCCUCGGUUAAAGGCGACGGUCCAGCUUUUAAACAGAGGCAGCCUUACAGUGCGUAAUGGAGGCAGGGUACGAUCAGUAGGACUCUCGGACUGAAGGAGGACUUAUGAGACAGAGGAGGAGGAAGAGGCGACGGACAAGACACAUAUUCAAUGUUUUGAAGUCUAUUUUGAACUGAAGCCCUGCUUGAUCAUGACCCAGUGGAUUCACAUGUCCCAGCUGAUUCCGUGCCUGUCGGAUGAGACGGUCAACAACCUUUAUCCCCCAGCCGCCUUCCCCAUUGAAGUCAGACACUUCUUAGCUGAAUGGAUUGAGAGCCAAAGAUGGGAUGACUUUGUGCUGGAAAAGGUGGAGCAGGAGAGCCAGGCUCAGGCUCUGUUGGACCAGACCAUAAGCAUGCUACAGUCCAUUGCUCAGCAGAACGCCAACGUGGUGGACAGAAUGAAGUUGAUGAAUAUCAGUAGGAACAUGAGCAUGUUUCAGCAGCAUCCUCUACAGUUUGGAGUGAUGGUCAGGGAAAUCCUCACGAAGGAGAGGGUUUUGCUCGGCACGCCCGCUCAGAUGCCCAACCCUCCACAGUACCAGCAGUACUCGAAUAGAGAGACCUCGUUCCCCAACAUGCAGGAUGUAGACUGCCUGGUUCUGAAGGUGCUGGAGGUCCAGGAUAUCCGACAAAAGAUGCACCAACUGCAAGAGGAGCUCAACUGGGAGAGACAGAACUAUGAGGGUUUACAAGGGCCGAUCCAACAGAACGGACUGGAUGCAGCAAAGUCAGAAAUCCAGAAACUCCAGAAUCACAUCCAGCAACUGGAAUAUAAUGUGAAGGCAAUGGCCACGAAGCGCUUCCAGCUGCUGAAGGAGUCUGUGGACUGUCUGGACCAGUGUCAGACCCGUCUGCUCAGCAGGCUGAAGGCGUGGAGGUGGGAGCAGCACAAGGCCGCCAUCGGACACCCCUUUGACGACAACCUUAACCCCAUGCAGACCUGGUGUGAGCAGCUGCUUGGCGUGAACGGAAAGCUGAGACAGGAAUUGAUGCUGAUAGGGGAGCCAUUUCCAGAGCUCCAGGAAAGGCUGGGGCAGCUUCUGCAAGUUCUGAUUCAAAGCUCUCUUGUGGUGGACAAGCAGCCCCCUCAGGUCAUUAAAACUCAGUCAAAGUUCUCAACAACAGUGCGAUAUCUGCUGGGGGAGAAAGUCGCUCCCGGAAAACCUGUGGUGCUGAAGGCGCAAAUCAUUAAUGAACUGCAGGCCAGGAACCUGGGGAGUGUACCUGGCGAUAACGUCGGGGAACUGAUCAACAAUACAGCCAUCCUAGAACACAACACAGCCAGCAAGAGCACAUGUGCCACCUUCAGGAACAUGUCCAUCAAGAAGAUCAAGAGAGCGGACAGAAAGGGAUCAGAGUCUGUGACAGAGGAGAAGUUUGCUCUCCUGUUCUCGACAGAGAUCACCAUCACAGGGUGCGACACACCCUACCGGAUACAGAUGAUCUCGCUGCCGGUGGUCGUCAUUGUCCAUGGUAGUCAAGACAACAACGCUCUGGCCACCAUCAUAUGGGACUGCGCUUUCUCUGAACCAGACAGAGUGCCGUUCAUGGUGCCGGAGCGUGUGCCCUGGAGGAUGAUGUACAGCACUCUUAACAGUAAAUUCACCUCUGAGGUCCAGACACACCACAAUCUGGACCAGUACAACCAGCACUUCUUGGCCCAGAAGAUAUUCGACAAGCCUGACUUUGCUGACGACUUCAGCAACAUGAUGGUUUCCUGGGCCCAGUUUAAUAAGGAGGUUCUCCCGGGUCGACCAUUUACUUUCUGGCAAUGGUUUGAAGGAGUGAUGGAGCUGACCAAGAAGCACCUGAAGACCUACUGGAGCGAAGGGCUGAUAUUUGGUUUCAUUGGGAAGCAGCAUCUCCACCUGAUUCUAAAAGACAGGCCCAAUGGGACGUUUUUGCUUCGCUUUAGUGACUCUGAGAUCGGCGGCAUCACCAUUGCAUAUGUGUCCGCUACUGAGAAUGGGGGACAGAAGAUCCAGAACAUCCAACCCUUCACCAAGAGAGAUCUUGAGAUCCGUAGCCUUGGGGACCGCAUCCGAGACAUCAGCCACAUAACGUGCCUGUAUCCUGACUUUCCGAAACAUGAAGUUUUCAAAAAAUUCUACACAGAGCCUCUACGUGUUGAUGGUUAUAUCCCUGCGACUCUGCAUACUAAAGUCGGCACGGAAGCUGGCUCAGCAACACCCCCGGCUGCCGCAGAAAACCCUCACAGCUUCAACGUGCAUCAGUUCCAGCAGCCCUUCAGUCCACAGGAGUCUAUCAAUCAAGACAUAAUGGAUACUGCACCUAACUCUGUGGAGUUCAGUCCAAGCCCUCCUGUUGGCUUCCCGGUACACAUGCCCGCAGCUAGCCCGCAUAUGGAUCUAGACUUAGACACUUUUCUCCAGACUCUGGAGAAAAACAGUGUCUAAACUCCUGGAGGCAGACAAUGGAUAGAGACCAGAGCCACAGUCAUCUGUCUUACCGUCAUGUUAAAAACCACCGCCUUGGUUUGUGCAGACUUUCUCCCUACACUUCCAUCAUCCAUCUACAGAUUCAUCUACUUUUGAGUGACAACAAAUGUGAUUUCCCUGGGACUCAACAUGUUGAGCUGGUUCUACGUGAGAGCAGGAAAUCAUUUUUAGGACGUCAAACUGAGAACAAACGAAAAGAAUGAAAAGUGCUGUCAUGGCAGUGCGUCGACCAUCCUUGUUGUGUACCUUUUUGUCGAACACCUCUUCUGUCUCUCACUUGGUGGUAGGUUUGUUGAUGUUGUUGAUCACCGCAGUCGGCUACCAGAGAUUGUUUUUUGCAUUUUUGUUUUUUUAUCGUGACAAGGCAAGUGUAUUUGCAUUUCCCUUUUGUAUAUAACCCUUCCCUCUGGUGGCAAAGUCUCAUCAAUAGUAUAUCACGAACCCAGUCUUACAGUUAUGCACAGUAUGCAUGGUAAAGACUUCAUAGCCAAUGUUUAUAAGACUCAAAUGUAAGAAACAAUAAGCUUUUCCAUCACUGUUGACUGUGAAACUACACCACAUUGAUGGACACAGCAGAAGUGUUGAUGAUAGUGGUGGUGGUGGUGGUAAGGGCUCUUCAUAUAUCUGCCUCCCUAAAGACACCAUUGUUUGUAUUUUCUGUUACAUGUGUAUAUUUUUAAAGCUGUCAUUUAUUAAUCUCAACCAGUCAUUUUGGCCCUUUUCUUCUGAGUAUGCAUCAAGUCCCUAAUGCAAAAAAUGCUCACCGUCUGUCUUCAGUCUUAUAGAGUGAUACAACUCAUAAAUGCAGUGAAAGUAAAUGAUCAACAGUAUAUUUCCAUACCUAUAUUACUAUGUAGAUUUUCAAAAUUAGAUGUUAUUUUAUGUUACUACAUUCAUGUAAUUUUGUUUUGAGUCUCACAUAACAUGUUAAUGUGCCAUUUAAAUGUAUUCUCGGUGUUACAGGCUAAAAACAUAUGGAUAUAGAGUAAAGUCAUUAGUAUAAUUUUAUUCUGAUGAGGGGAUUUGGGAGCUCUAAAUCUAAUUUUGCUCUGAUUUUAGCAGUUUUUAUCUUCAGCUAAAUGUAGAAAUCUUCCUUAUUAACCAACUUUUGGUUUAAUGAGAAGCUUUGUACUCCCUACCAUCACUGUCAAUGCUGUGCAUGUGAUUACAUAUUGGUGUACUGGAUGUACCAUGCGGCAUGUAAUUUUACUGGAUCAUAACCUGUCAUAUCUUGCAGAGUGACUUUUGGAUAAAUCACCCUGAGGCUACUACAAUCCGUAUAAUCUUUCAACCGUGGUGUCAAAUAAAAUCUCAGUUUUUCUCAAAAUUUAAAAAA